AUGUCGGCCCAGAAGAUCCAGUACAAUCAGAUGCCAAGCGAGCCUGCCCCAGCCGUGCUCCCGGAACAGAAAUUGAGCGCAGAGCAACCUCCGACCCCCCUCUGUAUCAAGGCCCUCUGCUGCGGGCUCUGCGCCGGCCUCUGCUGCUACGAGUGCCUCGAGUGCUGCUGCUGCUGCUGCUAG